UACGGUAAUAGCCAGAACUGGACACGUUCAGCGGGCAAUGUCUACAAAAAUAGAGGGACUAUGGUGCUGCCCCUAGUGGUUGCGAUUUUUCUGAUUGGUGCAUUUAAGCCUGGUGAAUAGCUUAUGUUGUUCAGUGUUUAUUUAAGCGACACUGGAUCAAAAUAUAUCUGCACCAUUCGCCUAGAAACUCAUGUAGGAACUGUGAGGAACUUCAGUUAUUGAAUACUAAAGGAUGGCCGAGAGAUCUUUAAGCACUGCAUCUGACACUCAGCUAACGUUUGAUGGUGAACCUGAAGAACGGCUGAAAAAAGAGCCGCAGCAGGGGGUGAUCGGAGGGGUGCUAGACACUAUUUGGCGUUUGGGCGCUUGUGCCAUAGCAGGGAUACUAUUUGGUAUAUUCAUGGAAAAAGGAAGAGUGUUUGAACCGAAACACAUUCGAUACCAAAUGGUGUUCACGAAUUUCAUUAUGCUGAAGAUGUUUCUCUCAGCAGUUGCGACAGGGCAAAUUUGCUUGGGAAUAUUUUACCUCAUUCCGCAGUUAAAAGAAAGAUUCCACAAAACCAUGACAGCUUAUACUGACGUGUUUGCUACUAAGGGGGUUUUGACCAGCAUUCUAGGAGCUUUCACCCUCGGUGUGGGUAUGACUCUGUCCGGGGCGUGCCCAGGAAUGGUCUUGGUCCAAGUCGGCUCAUGGACUCCAAAUUCUAUUUUUACACUUAUUGGCGCUCUUACCGGAACUCUACUGUACGGCUUGUUCGCUCCGUGGAUUAUUCGUUUCUCUCGGCCGAAAAAACCUUUUCAAAAACCAACUGUUCAUGAAAGAUUCAACAUUCCAUUUGCCGCACUUGCCAUCCCAAUGGCGGUAGCUUUGGGAGUAGUGGUCUUCGUCAUCGAAUGGUUCAGACCGUGGAACUCCCUUCUUGAAUUAAGUAUUCCGAAUAAUCCUGAUGCUGAUAUAGUUACAGUAAGAGCAUGGCCGCCAUAUAUUUCAGGUGCGCUGAUAGGACUUUUACAGAUCGUCAUCGUGCUGGUCGUCGAUGACACAUUAGGUGGUAGUAGUGCUUACGUCACAGUGGUGUCGCAGUGGGUGGUCAGUGAAAAACUGCAGGAGAAAUUCCCAUAUUUAGCCAGAGCAAGGACUGGGAUUGGCAACUGGUGGCAGGUGGUAUAUGUGUUUGGUGCAAUCCUUGGUGGCGCUCUGUCUGCUCUAUCCUCCAGUUCAUACGGCUCGACCCAGGGAGUGAGCGUGGUCACAGCGUUCUUUGGGGGAUUUCUUAUGUUGAUAGGAGCACGUUUUGCCGCUGGCUGCACCAGUGGCCAUGGUCUCUCCGGAAUGUCAUUGUUGGCAUGGCUAUCUUUCCUAGCUGUCCCGUCUAUGUUUGCCGGAGGUAUUGUCACAGCUUUCAGCAUGCAGGCUACUGGAGCACUAUAUGAGUUUGUCAACUGCACAGCCUGUGCAUAGAUGGGAUAUUUGAGGGGAACGGAAAAAACAGAUUGAAAGAAAUACAUACAGUAGACAAGCUGCGUGAGCCUUCCACCCACUUGUCAAUUCUUCAAUCUUCGUCAUUGCAAAAAAAUAUUUAAAAUAAAAAACUUUACUAACAAAGGUUAACAAACAAAUAACUGAAUUAAUUUGUUGGCUAAUUUAUUACUUGAUUGACUGUUGUAUAUAGAAUUCAUUUAGCUUAUUUUUUAUAUUAAUGAAAAAGAUAUCGGGGUACGAGUAUGCUCUGUCAGUGUACACUUGGUCACUGCACCCUCUACCUCAUAUAUUUUCAUAAGUUAGGCGCGAUUUUCAUAACCUUUCACAUACCCUUUUUAUGUCGUUUAUUUUGCAAUGGAAACUAGUUUUUGUAAUUGUGAAUCUAAAUAUAUGCACAGUAUUCAUAUUCUAAUUCAAUAUAUAUACAUGGUGAUUCGCCAAC